AUGGCUGCCGAAGAAGCUUCAGAAGAGCUUCCGGAGUUCGGCGAAGGCCACUACUGGGAGACCCACUACGAGAAGGCGGCGGAGGAAGGCGAGGACGUCUACGAUUGGUUGGUCGGCUGGACAGAGCUUCGGUGGCUGUUAGAGCCGCUAAUGGGCUUUGACCGCCAGCGGGCGGUGCUGCACCUGGGCACGGGAAACUCGCCCCUUCCGGAGGAUAUGUACGACGCAGGAUACUUGCGUCAAACUGCCGUGGACAUCUCCGAGGUAGCCAUGAAGCAGAUGUCGGAGAGAAACCGGACCAGUCGGCCUGGAAUUCAGUGGCAGGCCACCGACUGCCGCAACAUGGUGGACAUUCCCAGCGAAUCUUUCCCCUUGGUGGUGGACAAGAGUACCUUGGAUGCUUUCUUCUGCAACGAUCAGCAUGCGCUGGCCAUCGCUGAGUUCGUGAAGGAGGCCUAUCGAGUCACCUCGGUUGGUGGAGCCUUCAUCUCCAUCAGCAUGCACCGCCCAGCCGCGGCAGUUGGCGAAUGA